AUGACCCCAGUUGACUCUGCCUCCACCACGUGGCACAGCAACGACGACGACGUGUACCGGGCGCCGCCGAUCGACCGCUCGCUGCUGCCCACGGCGCCGCGCGCCGCCCGCGAGCCCAACAUCGACAGGAGCCGCCUGCCCAAGUCCCCCCCAGCCUCCACCACGUGGCACAGCAACGACGACGACGUGUACCGGGCGCCGCCGAUCGACCGCUCGCUGCUGCCCACGGCGCCGCGCGCCGCCCGCGAGCCCAACAUCGACAGGAGCCGCCUGCCCAAGUCCCCCCCGUACACGGCCUUCCUGGGGAACCUCCCCUACGACGUCACCGAGGACUCCAUCAAGGAUUUCUUCCGGGGCCUCAACAUCAGCGCGGUGCGGCUGCCCCGGGAACCGACCAACCCCGAGCGCUUGAAAGGCUUCGGCUACGCCGAGUUCGAGGACAUCGACUCCCUGUUCCAGGCCCUGAGCCUCAACGAGGAGGCAGCCUCCACCACGUGGCACAGCAACGACGACGACGUGUACCGGGCGCCGCCGAUCGACCGCUCGCUGCUGCCCACGGCGCCGCGCGCCGCCCGCGAGCCCAACAUCGACAGGAGCCGCCUGCCCAAGUCCCCCCCGUACACGGCCUUCCUGGGGAACCUCCCCUAUGACGUCACCGAGGAGUCCAUCAAGGAUUUCUUCCGGGGCCUCAACAUCAGCGCGGUGCGGCUGCCCCGGGAACCGACCAACCCCGAGCGCUUGAAAGGCUUCGGCUACGCCGAGUUCGAGGACAUCGACUCCCUGUUCCAGGCCCUGAGCCUCAACGAGGAGUCCUUAGGGAACAGAAGGAUA